AUGCUAAACGACGACUUAACACCUAAUAGAUAUGAUGAAAUCAACCUGAACCCAGAUCACGACUAUUACGAAGCGCUAACUCCCUCAAAUUAGAACGGCAUGCUUUCUCCCCUGAAUAUUAAUGAGAGACAGGAGAUGUUUUCUUAAAGCUACAAUUCUAAAUUGCUUAAACAGCACCUGCAGCAAAGUCUCUCAAAAAAUAAAUAUGAAUAAGAUCAUCCGAAAUAUCAUCACUAAUCUACUAAUUUGCAGCAAAGCAAUGACAAUUCCAGCUACAAAGACAUCAACAUCAAAUCUAAUUUCAAGAUCAAUGACAACCACGGCAAGACUUUCUCCGCAAACACGCAAUCUCUCAGUCUAUCCGGGUCGACUUAACCCUAGUCAUCACCCAAAAAAAAAUUGGACUUCUCAGGUAAAAUCGCAAGUCAACUCACCUAAGAUUCUAUGAUAAAACUCAAUAUCAAUCAAGAGGAUGCGAAUCAAUUCAACGAAGAAUAUAUGGAUCAAGUGGUAGAUCCAGAGAGAAUGCAGACUAAGCAGUACCUUACAGACACAUAAAAAAGCAACGCAAUGAAUUAUUAGACAGCAUCAUUUGGAAACAACAUGAAAACCAUUGAGAGAAAGUUCAUCAAACAAGAAAAUAAAAACCAAUCAUCCACCAGUGCAAAUGAUCCUAUGUAUAGCUCUUUCACUGAACUUGGAAUGCAUGACAGCAAAUUGCUGAUCAAUAAAGAUCUUAGGGACAGACUUCUAGAUAAUAAUUCUAACUGGAAGGCAAGAACUGAAGCAAUAGACGAGGUUUUACUUGUAAUCUCAGACAGCACCCGAGAUAAUCCAUUGCUAGUACAACAAUAAUCAGAGCAAUUAAUAGAGUUUUUCACAUAAUUACUAAGUGAUCAAAACUUCAAGAUAGUAUUAACUACUCUCAUUAUUAUAAAUAAAAUAUUAUCUCUGUCCCUUGAUGGAAACCCAGAUUACAUUUUGAAUUCACAGUAGCUUUCAAGAUUCGUGCCUCAAUUUAUCAAAAAGCUAGGUGACAGUAAAAAUAUCAUUAGGCAAGAGGCCGUCAGAGCGUUGCUUACUACAUAUGAUAUAAUGAGAAAAGGUGAAAAGAAUCAGAACAACAUCAUCGGACUAAUUUUACCUUAUCUCAAUAAUAGUUCUAAUUGGCACAUCAGAGAAGAGCUAUUGAAUUUUUUGAUUCAAUGCUUCCUAAAGUCUAGAAAUUUCUAUGAAUUUGAUGCCGUCCAAAUCAUUGAAGCUUUUGUCAUCCUGAUGAAAGAUUAAAAGGACAAAGUAAGAUUGAUGGCUAAAGAAGCGCUAGUAGCCUAUGCUUCAAUUGGAAACAAGUUUAGCGUUAAGGAAAUUGUGUUCUAGAUAAGUGAUCCAAUCUAAAAUAAGGAGAUAAAUGAGAGAUUAGAUUAGGAAUUUAUACCAUUUAUAAACUAAGAUGCAUUCUUAGAACUUCCAUAUUUAGAUUAUUUAGAUAAUCUUGUCAGAGACUAAACCUAUGUCAGCAGUUAAAAUAAUGGAUCCUAGUUUGUCUUGCCAAACUUAAGCAGGCGUGAAUCUUUUAGUAGUAAUCAACCUCCAACUGCUUAAAAGACAACGAAUUAAUCUCAAUAAAGACAGUCUUCUCGAGGGAAUUCUUCAGGAAGAAGAAUAGUACCACCAUCUGCAAACAGCAUGGCUAACUACGUUAAUCACUCCAAUUUCAAUAAAAGAACAGUCAGUGCUAAUAAUGUUAUCAAUGAUCUUUAAAACUUUGAAUAGACUCCAUCAUCCACAAAUAAAAACUAUGUAAACGAUCCAGGAUACAUGUAAAAUAACACUCAUUUUGGGUUUUUACCAUCUCUCAAUAAAGUACAAUCUCAAUAGUAAAACAACAGCUACUACUCAUAGAAUAACUCAAUCACUCAAGGCUAAGCUCAUUAGUAGAUACAAAUGAUAAAUAACAAUGGCCAUCACUAUCUUCACCAAUUAAAGCUUGGGUAAAAACUAAAUAGUGAUAGCAAUUACUAUCAGGGUGUAAGGUAAAACAUGCCGUAAAAUCAUAUCAAUCAUUCAUUCAAAAUAUCAUCUGCUGAAUAAAAGCACAUUACUUUUGGAAAUGUUCACAAAGGAGUGCACAGUGCAAAUGUUUACUAAAGUAAUGUCAGUUUAUCUAGAGAGGAAAUUCAACAAAUAUAGAAUUUCUAACUCUCUUAGACAUAGGACUAAAGCCUGUAUGAGCAGCAUAUCUCAUAUAGUGCAUAAAGAUCAAGAGAAACUCCAUACGAAUCUUAAACAUCAAAUGGAACAUCAAAACAGCAAUCUAGAGCUGGCACCAGAGAUACUGUGACCCCAGUCAAGAAACCUAACAAUCAAAAUACCUUCUAUUCAGAUGGCUCAUUUACUACAACAACUACUUCAAUCCCUGAUAAGGUUAAGUAGCUAAGAGCAAAUAAAAGAUUUAACAUGAAUGCGAUUCAAUAAAAUGAUCAAAAUAAAAGGAACAUGAUUAUUCAUCAGAAUAAUUCUUAAAAUGAAUCAAUGGAGAUUUACAACGCUUAAAACCCAAUCCAGAAAAAUUAGUCUCCAAUGAUAGGAACUAAUUAAAGAGGUCCAAUUAAAGCAUUAAGAUAAAUUGUAAAUAAUAGUGAAAAUAGUCAGAAUAACGAGCAAGACUUAUAAAAUUUGUGCAUUGAUAACAGGAAAACUAAGAAAAAGUUGUUGAAUAAGAAUUCUGAUCUAUAGGAGAUAUUAGAGGAACCAAAAACUUUAUCCUAAAAAAAUCUCAACUAAUCAAGCAUCUAAAUGAGAAGAACAAACUUUGGUUAGAACGAUCAAGAUGAUAGCGCCUAAAAAUAUGAAGACACUGAUGCUCUAGAGCCUCUCGAAAAUCCUGAAAAAGAGCUUAAAAAGUGCUUGAAUCUUAUGCUUGGCAGUGAAGAAUGGGCUGUUCAAUUUGAAGGAUGCACAAUAGUAAGGAGAAUUUGUAAACAUCAUUCAAGUCUAAUACUAUAAUAAAGUGGCACUAUUGGAUCUUUGAUCACUCAAAUAGUAAAAAUUGCUGAUUCUCUGAGAUCCUCUCUCUCAAAGAUUUCUUUGAUUACUCUAAUUGAUAUGUUCAACUUUUUAAAGAGAUGCAUGGAGCCUUAACUUGAUUCUCUAGGGAAAAUUCUUUUGAAAAAGUCUUCGGAUACUAAUUCAUUUAUAAGUGAGGAAGCUGACAAAGCUCUCAUCUAAUUGUGCAAUAACUGCUAAGACACAAAAGUAUUACAAAUGCUGCUUACUCUGCAAACUAACGCUAAAUCUAACAUCUACAGACAAAAAAUCUGCAAAUGCUUUGCUUAGCUAAUUAAAGUUCUUGGAAAUAGCAUUUUGUUUUUCAAAGAUAGUGAUAAGCUUAUAGGCUAAUUAGCAAACUACCUAUCUGAUGCUUGUCCUGAAGUUAGAAAUACAGCUAAAUAAAGCUUUAUAGAUCUAUCAUAGGCGAUAAUGGCACAAAAUGAGAGAGAAAAGUUAUUUCAGAGAGUGUUAAAUGAAACUUAAUAUAAGAAAGUGAAAGAUUUUCUUGAUAAGGAACCUGCAUAUCUUAUUAGCAAUUAAUAAAAUCAAGCUGAUUUUGUUAUUACUAAUGCUAAUGGUCAAAUUCAACAAAGCAAGAAACCGAGUAAAUAAAUAUUGAUAAGUAGCAAAGGGUAGCUUAGGUCAGCUUCCUUGAACAAAAGCAAUAUAAUGAAUUAAGGGGAGCAACCUUUAAAUAUUUAAGCUACUAAAAUAAUUAAACCAUCAUAAAUAAAGAAAAAGGGAUCAAUGAAUGAUACCACUUCAGGAAUAAUGCAGAAAAAGGACAAUAUAAUGGAUCAAUUCUUCCUUGAUACAUUAAAAGACCAGAUAUAUUCAACGUAGAAAACAGACUGGAAGGAGAAAUUAGAUUCAGUCAACGGACUUUACGACUUUAUUGAUUAAAAUGCUAAAAUUUUCCAAAGUAAGAGCAGCACUCGGUUUGUUGAAUUAUCAGAUAAUUUGAGCACAUUAAUGUCAGAUCAAAAUGCUAAGAUACAGUAAUUAUCACUUGAACGCUUCUUGAAUAUCUUGCCUAAGAUUAACAAUUUUGUCGAAUAAUAUAUAGUAACGUUGUAUUAAGCAUUGACAUCGAACCUUGGAUCUUCAAAUUCUUAAGUUAAAAAACUUACAGAGCAAAUACUCAUCUCUUUGAACGAGUAUCUCUCUGAUAAGACUCUUAUCAUUCAACCUUUGGUAACAUAAAUCUAGUUUAGUAGUAAUUCCAGGCUUAAGCCUCUACUAAUUGACUAGCUGAUUGAAAUGAUACCGAUAUUGCCAGAGUAGAAAGCAAAUACAACCUUGUAAAAAUAAAUACUUCCCUUAGGCCUAAAGCUUCUUGAGGAUAAUAGAACUGAUAUAAAGCAAAGGACUGAGAAGCUGCUUAAAGUUCUAUAUUAAAUCUUGGGGCAGGUCAUGAUAGAUUAAUGUCCAUAACCUAAGCUUUAAAAAUUGUGUGAUAUCGUACUGAAUAGCAGUCAAGGAAAUAAUCCUGGCAUUGCUACCUUCGGAGCUUAGACUAUUAAUGGACUGUUAAAGGGAACUAAUCUAUAAUGA